GCUCAAGCGGCGGCGUGCGAGGCGGCGGCGGCAUGGCGGGCCGGCGGGUGAAUGUGAAUGUGGGCGUGCUGGGCCACAUCGACAGCGGCAAGACAGCGCUGGCGCGCGCGCUGAGCACCACAGCCUCCACCGCCGCCUUCGACAAGCAGCCGCAGAGCCGCGAGCGUGGCAUAACGCUCGACCUGGGCUUCUCCUGUUUCGUCGUGCCGUUGCCGGGAGCUGAACCCGGGACCGACGACACGCAGCUGCAGGUCACACUGGUCGACUGCCCCGGGCACGCCUCCCUCAUCCGGACCAUCAUUGGCGGUGCCCAGAUCAUUGAUCUGAUGAUGCUCGUGAUUGAUGUGACCAAGGGAAUGCAGACACAGUCCGCUGAGUGCCUUGUGAUUGGCCAGAUCGCCUGCCAGAAGCUGGUUGUGGUGCUGAACAAGAUAGACCUGUUAGCAGAAGGGAAGAGGCAGGCAGCAAUUGACAAAAUGACCAAGAAAAUGCAGAAGACUCUUGAGAACACCAAAUUCCGGGGUGCACCUGUUAUUCCUGUGGCAGCCAAGCCUGGAGGACCAGAGGCCCCUGAGACAGAAGCCCCACAGGGCAUCUCAGAACUCAUUGAGCUCCUGAAGUCCCAGAUAUCCAUCCCAGCAAGAGACCCCUCAGGACCGUUCCUUAUGUCUGUGGACCACUGCUUCUCCAUCAAGGGUCAGGGCACCGUGAUGACUGGAACCAUCCUUUCAGGCACUAUUAGCCUCGGGGACAGUGUGGAGAUCCCUGCCCUCAAGGUGGUGAAGAAAGUGAAGUCCAUGCAGAUGUUCCACACACCCGUCACCUCUGCCAUGCAAGGAGAUCGACUGGGCAUCUGUGUCACCCAGUUUGACCCCAAGCUGCUGGAACGUGGGCUGGUGUGUGCACCUGAGUCUCUGCACACCAUUCACGCAGCCCUCAUCUCUGUGGAAAAGAUCCCUUACUUUCGGGGGCCCCUGCAGACUAAAGCCAAGUUCCAUAUCACAGUGGGCCAUGAGACAGUCAUGGGCCGCAUGCUGUUCUUUAGCCCUGCUCCCGACAGUUUUGACCUGGAGCCCAAACUUGAUUUCUUUGACCUCUCCCGAGAAUACCUCUUUCAAGAGCAGUACCUGUGCAAAGACUCCAUGCCCACAGCCACAGAAGGUGGUGAUGAGGUGAACAUGAAAGCAGGCCACACCCCAGGGGGCCAGUGCCCCAGGCAACAAUGGGCCCUGGUGGAGUUUGAGAAGCCAGUUACCUGCCCCCGACUAUGCUUGGUGAUUGGCUCCAGGUUGGAUGCUGACAUUCAUACCAACACAUGCCGGCUGGCCUUCCAUGGUGUCUUGCUACAAGGACUAGAAGAUAAGAACUACACAGAGAGCUUCCUGCCAGCACUGAGGGUAUACAAGCUGAAACACAAACAUGGUCUUGUAGAGCGGGUAAUGGAUGACUACAGUGUGAUUGGACGCUCCCUGUUCAAAAAGGAGACCAACAUCCAGCUCUUUGUGGGGCUUAAGGUGCAGCUGUCCACAGGGGAGCAGGGCGUCAUCGACAGUGCCUUCGGCCAGAGUGGCAAGUUCAAGAUCCACAUUCCUGGUGGCCUCAGCCCUGAGUCUAAGAAGAUCCUGACGCCUACACUCAAGAAGCGGAACCGAGCUGGCCGUGGGGAGACCACUAAGCAAGAGGAGGGCACCGAACGGCCAGAGCCCAUGCAGCCUGUGACACUCAGUCUGUCUUUCAAGCGCUAUGUCUUUGACACCCAGAAGCGCAUGGUACAGACUCCCUAAGUGAACCAGCCCCCCAGGGCAUCCUGCCCAGCUGCAAGCCAGACUACAGUGCCAGAUCCCCCCCCCCAUGUGCCUCAAUCUCCCCAAUCCUGCGGACAGCCCCAUUUUACUGCCAUCCCCACUGAGAAAACCUGCCAUCCCUUCACCCACCUGGGAUAACAGCUAGGUCCAGCUAGGAAAGAGCCUUAGCAGAGCCAGUAGCCUGGGCCCCACAGGCUUCCCCAGUUAGGGUGUCUGCAGCCCUACCCCAAGUAGCUGGCACCCUGCAACUGGAAAUAAACAUCCCAUAUGUGACCUAGCCACCCAUAGUCUGCCUGUCUUCCAGGGUCAGCAGGCAUCACAGGGUAUUGUGUGGCACUGGGUGAGGACCAACCAAGUGGCUCCUGGGGUGUUAUGGGCAUUGAAGAAUUGAGGUUCUCUGAGCAGCUGAACCUAGUAAGGCCUCUGGGCAGUGGCUAGCACCCUAGGGCUCCAUGUUGACAUUAGAGGUCAACAGACCCUGACCUCCAGCUUGGGGACCAGACUUCCGAGAGUGCUAGGUCAGGGUGGAGCACGUGGACCCUGUCCAUGUUCAUCUCCAGUCCCAGCACCCUCAGGCUUAACAUUGAGACUAAGAUGGGGCGAGAGGGUGGAGCUGACCAAUGAGAGGAGUCAGAGCUUUUCCAGACACCUGUAAGGGUAGCAGAUGUCCCAGCGCUUCCCUGUUUGACCUCCAGACAGACGUGAAGGCCUCCCUUUAUCCCAGUAAUCAGUGCAUUAUGUUUUAAUUUUCAAAAAUGGCAUUAAAAAUAUUAACGGGGCAGGUUGUGAUCAAAUGACUUGGGUCUGUUAAGCCCCAGAGCUGAGGGCAGAGGAAAAGGACCCAGGCUACAGAACACAGCGUCCCUGAACACUAUGGCCCCUAAUCAAAUAUGCCAUCAGCCCGCCAAGCCCCUCAUGCAUCCAAGAGGCCAGGAUGGCAGUGACUGCCCUUCACCACCCUUGGCCAGGCCUCAGGCAGCCGCAGUCAGGGAAACCUAUAGCUGAAGACAAGCUGCCUGGCCCCUAAGGACCAGCUUCCCACAGCUGUAGGACUCCAUGGUACCCUUGCCACUACCUUGUCAGUCCAGGGCCUGG